AUGAAAGCCCUCACAUCCAUCCCCGCGGUCCAAACCCGCCGCGCCCUCCCCGCCAUCUGCGCCGCCUGCACCUCAACGACACCCUCCUCCUCCCCCUCGCGCCGCCCCUUCUCCGUCCUAAACCGCCCACCGCCAAAUUACCCAGGCCACAUCCCCCUCACCAAAAUCGAACGCGCCGCCCUCGGCCUCGGCGCAGGCAUCUGGUCCCUCCUCUCCCCCUACCGAGGCGACCUCAUCGCCGCCGUAGGCGAGACCACCGCGACCCCCUACUUCAUCUACCGCCUCCGCGACGCAAUGCUCGCCGACCCAACCGGCCGGCGCAUCCUCCGCGACCGCCCCCGCAUCACAUCCACCUCCCUCAAACUAUCCCGCCUGCGCGCCAUGCCGGACAACAGCGUCGGACGCGCCUACGUAGCCUGGCUGGACGCCGAGGGCGUGUCCCCCGACACGCGGCCCGUGGUGCGGUAUAUCGACGACCCGGAGUGCGCGUACGUGAUGCAGCGGUACCGCGAGUGUCACGACUUCUUCCACGCGCUGACGGGCCUGCCGAUUGUGCGGGAGGGCGAGGUGGCGCUCAAGGCGUUUGAGUUUGCGAAUACGCUGAUUCCGAUGACGGGGUUCGCGGUGCUGAGUUAUGCUACCAUGAAGGCUGGGGAGAGGAAGCGGUUUCGGGAGAUUUAUGGCCCUUGGGCGGUGAAGAAUGGGAUGAAGGCCAAGGAGGUGAUUAAUGUCUACUGGGAGGAGCAGUUGGAGAGGGACGUGGAUGAGUUAAGGGCCGAGUUGGGGAUUGAGAGGCCGCCUAAUAUGAGGGAGAUUCGGAAGCGGGAGAGGGAGGAGAGGAGGAGGGCGCAGGAGGCUUUGAAGGGGGUGUAG